AUGGCGGAAGAUAUUUCAGCUCCGCCGCAAGGGGACGAGAGGGGGAGCGCGCAGGAGGGGGCGAACGUGCAGGGGGAAGCGCUUCCGCAGGGGGAAGCGCGCGCACAGGGGGAAACCGGGGGAAAGGGGGAAGCUGGGGGAGCGGAGCUGAUGGACACCAGCGCUGCGCCGAAGCAGGGGCUGUCGCUCCUGCUGGCGUCAGCGGAGCUCAUCAGCCAAGGCGCGGAAGCGAGAGUGUUCGCAACGACGUUCUGCGGGCGGCCAGCGAUACUCAAGCAGCGCUUUGAGAAGAAGUACCGCCACCCCACGCUCGACGCCCGACUCACCUCCAAGCGCCUACACACGGUGAGUGCUCCUCUCCAAGUGCUCCUCUCCUCCCACCUAUCCUCUGUUGAUGUUACUUUUGAGAAUCCUCUCCUAUGCCGUCCCCACUGUGAUCUCCCCCGUGUACCUUGUUUUUCCUCUGCCUGCCAGCCAGUCUGUAGGGAGAAGGAUAGGUAUAGAUGCACUGUCGUGCUCGUUCUUCUCUCUCUCCCUCACUCCCCCACCCUGAUCUUAGGAGGCGAGGCGAGGAGCAUGGUGCGGGCAGCGAGGCUGGGAGUGGCAGUGCCGGUGCUGUAUGGAGUGGAGGAGGGGGAGCGGGACCAAUAUAGAUGGACUGUCAAUCCACCCUGUUCUCCCUCCCUCCCCCACCCUGAUCCCAGGAGGCGAGGAACAUGGAACAUGGUACGGGCAGCAAAACUAGGAGUGGCGGUGCCGGUGCUGUAUGGAGUGGAGGAGGGGGAGCGGUGCAUCGUGAUGCAACGAGUGGGAGGGCGCAGCGUCAAGGACCUCCUCCUCUCCCUCGCGCACCACUCCCCUCUUGCUGAUGCAUGCACCACCUCCCUCACUGGAAUGCCUCCCUCACUGGAACGGCCUCCCUCCCUCGGCCACUCCCCCCCUCCCUCCGUUCCCCCACUCCCCACGCUCCCUCCCCCGCCCCACUCCCAGGAGGCGAGGAACAUGGUGCGCGCAGCGAGACUAGGAGUGGCGGUGCCGGUGCUGUACGGAGUGGAGGAGGGGGAGCGGUGCAUCGUGAUGCAACGAGUGGCAGGGCGCAGCGUGAAGGACCUCCUCCUCUCCCUCGCUCACCACUCUCCCACUGCUGCUGCUGCUGCUGCUGCUGCUUCAGCUGCUGCUACCAGCUCAGACUCACCAGUCAGUACAGACACAGACACAGGCACAGGCACAGGAACAGGAACAGGAACAGGAGUUGGCGCAGGCUCAGGCACGGUUGAGGAUAGGGCGGGGGGCAAGGGAUUACAUCCACGGGUGGAGGAGGUGGCGGCGUGGAUGGGCGAGGCGAUAGCAAAGCUGCAUGACGGCGGCAUGGUGCAUGGCGAUCUCACCACCUCCAACAUGCUGCUCUCGCCCCUCCCCCCUUCCACUGCUGCUGCUGGUUGUGCUGCACCUUCAGCACUUGAGGCGCCUCAAGGGGCGAUAGCAAAGCUGCAUGAUGGUGGCAUGGUGCAUGGCGACCUCACCACCUCCAACAUGCUGCUCUCGCCCCUCCCUGCUGCUGGAUCUGUGGCUUCACCAACAGCAGCAGCAACAGGAACCCCAGCAGCAGCAGCAGUGUCAUCUGAAGCAGGAGCAGCGGCAGGAGGGGCAGCUGGGGCAUUGUCAUUGCAAGCAGCAGCAGUGGGGGCAGGGAGGGAGCGCGUGGUGGUGAUAGACUUUGGGCUGAGUUUCAACUCAACCAUAGCGGAGGACAAGGCUGUGGACCUCUACGUGCUUGAGCGGGCACUCAUCUCCUUGCACUCCAGCAACGGGGAUAUUGUACGUACUCCAGGGGUAGCGGGGGUAGUGGGGGCAGUGGGGGCAGGGAGGGAGCGCGUGGUGGUGAUAGACUUUGGGCUGAGUUUCAACUCCACCAUAGCGGAGGACAAGGCAGUGGACCUCUACGUGCUCGAGCGGGCACUCAUCUCAUUGCACUCCAGCAACGGGGAUAUUGUGCGUACUUACCCUGCGCACUUCACAUCACACGCCAACCACUUGCAAGCCAGCCUGCCUUUCCUUUUUUCUCCCCGCGCUGCUCCAAACUUGGCCUUCCUUCUUCCCCUGUGCCCUCUCCCCCUCCCAGUGUCUUGUUCUGUUUUACGUGCGUUUUCUUCCCUGGCUUUGACUCUUGCAUCGCUCUUGACAGUAAGCUCCCCCGUUGUCUUCCUGCUUGUUAAUUCAUCUUAUCCAUCUGUGACAUCAGAUGUCGGCGGUGUUAACAUCGUAUCGCCACCAUUCACGGUUCUGGAGCGCCACACUGAACAAGCUGGGGCAAGGCGCGCUCUCUCUCCUACCAUCUCCCACCGCACACCUGCCUCCACGUCAUCAUCCACAGCAUCAGCCACGUCAUUCUUGCCGCUGAUUGGUCCCAGCAACCGCGCCUUCCACAGUAGCAUCCCCACCGCUCGCAACGGCUGGGGCUUCGGAUCUGACGACACGUGGCAGAAUCUAGGAACAUCUUCAUCCUCGCUAACCAAUUGGGGCGUGCGAAUCGUCCCCGAGAAGAGCGCCUUCGUUAUAGAGCGAUUCGGGAAAUACUACAAGACCCUAGGUUCCGGUAUCCACCUCUUAAUUCCGUUAGUAGACCGAAUCGCGUACGUGCACUCGCUGAAAGAGGAGGCGAUUCCGAUUCCGAACCAAUCGGCGAUCACCAAGGACAACGUCAGCAUUCAGAUCGACGGCGUUCUGUACGUCCGGAUCGUGGAUCCGGUGCAGGCAUCGUACGGUGUGGAGCGGCCGCUGUAUGCGGUGGUGCAGCUGGCACAGACGACCAUGCGCAGUGAGCUGGGGAAGAUCACCCUUGAUAACACAUUCGAGGAACGAGACAUUCUCAACACCAACAUUGUGAGGGCAAUCAACGAAGCUGGUCAGGCAUGGGGCAUUGAGUGCCUAAGAUACGAGAUCCGUGACAUCUCGCCUCCUCCGGGCGUGCGAGCGGCCAUGGAGAUGCAGGCUGAGGCGGAGAGGCGGAGGCGUGCGCAAGUGCUCGAGUCUGAGGGUGACAGGCAGGCGAACAUUAACAUGGCCGAGGGGCGCAAGACUGCAGUCAUCCUCGAAUCAGAGGCCGCCAUGUCAGACCAAAUGAACCGAGCCAAGGGAGAGGCGGAGGCGAUAGUGGCAAGGGCGAGGGCAUCAGCGGAGGGCAUUGAUAUGCUGGCCAGAGCGCUCAUGGCUGAAGGGGCAAGCCAGGCUGCAAGCCUGCGAGUGGCAGAGCAGUACGUGGCAGCGCUGGCGAAUCUGGCGAAGCAGGGAACGACAGUGCUGCUGCCGAGCAACGUGGGCGACCCCUCCUCCAUGGUGGCGCAAGCACUCGCCAUCUAUAAGACCGUAUCUGGCUCCCCUGCAGGUGUGACUGUACCGAGCACCCCUACAGGCGUAACUGUAUCCGGUGAUGCUGUAACAGGUGCAGCAGCCACUGGUGCAAGUGAGCCGAGGAAAGCUGGGCCCUUCAGCUCGCAGGAGAGGGAUCGAGAGAUGGUGACUGCGAGCAGGACGAGUGGCAGCGAGGUGGUGAAUGGUGGUGGUGGUGGUGGUUAUUUCGGUGGUGGUGAUGGUGCUGGUGGGUCCGCUUACAGCUUAGCGCCUCACCCGCGGCUCGCCUCACCCGAUGCUAACAUCACCCGCUGCUCGCAUCACCCGCUGCUCGCAUCACCCGCUGCUCGCAUCACCCGCUGCUCGCAUCGCCCGCUGCUCGCAUCACCCGCUGCUCGCAUCGCCCGCUGCUCGCAUCACGCGCUGCGCGCCUCACCCGCGACUCGCCUCACGGGCUGCGUGCCUCACGCGCUGCGCGCCUCACUCGUUGCGCGCCUUACGCGCUGCUCGCCUCACACGCUGCUCGUCUCACGCGCUGCUCGCCUCACACGCUGCUCGUCUCACGCGCUGCUCGCCUCACAAGCCACUUCGUUCGUCAAAACGUCUCGCUUUCAUCGGGACCGCCUUCUCUCGUUCGUCCCCCUCAUUUCCCCCCUUCUCCCUCUCAUUUCCCGACCUGGUCCCCCUGAUUUCACCCACUUCUCUCUCUCAUUUCCCCCCUUUCUCCCUCUUAUUACCCUCCCUUCUCCCUUUAAUCUCCCCCUUUCUCCCCCUCAUUUCCCCCCCUUCUCCCUCUCAUGUUCCUCCCUUUUCCCUCUCAUUUCCCUCCUCCUCCCUCUCAUUAACCCCCCUUCUCUCUCUCAUUUCCCCCCCUUCUCCCCCUCUCAAAUUCCCCCCGACUCGCUCUCAAAUCCCCCUCUUAUCCCUCUCACCCCCCCCCCUUCACCCCCUCAUCCCCCCCCCCCUUCUCGCCCUCAUUUUCCCCCCUACUCCCUCUCACUUCCACCCUUGCUCCCUCUCAUUUCCCCCCUUGCUCCCUCUCAGCUCCCCCCCUACUCACCAUCAUUCCCCCUCCUGCUCCCUCUCAUUCCCCCCCCCUUCUCCCCCACAUAUCCCCUCUUCUCGUUCUUAAUCCCCCCCUCAUCCCUCUCAUCCCCUCCCCCCUUCUCCCUCUCAUUUCCCCCUCUUCUCCCCCUCAUUUUCCCCCCUUCUCCCCCUCAUUUCCCCCCCUUCUCAACUCUCCUUUCCCCCCUUGCUCCAUCUCAUUUUGUCCCCAUUCCCCCUCUCAAAUCCCCCCCUUCUAGCUCUCAAAUCCCCCUUUUCUCCCUCUCUUCCCCCCCCCCUCUUCUCCCUCUCAUUUCCCCCCUUGCUCCCUCUCAUCCCCCCCCCCCCUUCUCGCCCUCAGUUCUCCCCCUGCUCCCCCUCACUUACCCCCCUUCUCCCUCUCACUUCGCCCUCUUCCCACCCUCAUUCCCGCCCUUCUCCCUAUCAUUUUCCCCCCUACUCCCUUUCAUUUCCCCCUUGCUCACCAUCGUUUCCCCCUUCUCCCUCUCAGUUCCCCUGCUUCCCUCUCAUUUCCCCCCUUCAACCGUUCAUUUUCCCCCCUUCUCCCCUUCUUCCCCCCUCCUUGCUCCCCCUCCUUACAGGGUGGUUCCAUUGCACAAAUGCGGCCACUCGUGCACCUCUCUCUUUGCGCCUACUUCUUCUGUCCCUACCCCUACUGUCACUGCUGCUGCCAUUGCCGGAGCUGCCCCUGCUGCCUCUGCCAGUGUUCCUUCCUCAGGCACAAGACCCCCACAACCUCUAUCCCAAUCCCCCCACUCCUCUCACUAG